AGACCUUUGUCCUUUUGGCAAAGACUUGGUGGACCCAGUUCAGGUGGAGAGAAGGACAGGAGUGAGUCCUGGGGCCCCCCUUGUGGGAAGACUGGCAUCAGGGCCCGCGCUCACGGCUGCACCCCGCCAUGGAGAAGGACAUGGAAGUAUGGAAGGAAGAAUUCCAGAAACGAAUCCAGGAGAAGAAACCGUGGCACACGUGGGCUCUCAGUGUAGACAAAGAACCUCCUCCCCACACCCUGCUGCCAGGCUGCUCACAGUACCAGCAGUGUGCCUUUGCCAGUGUGGCCAGACUGCAUCCAAUGGAGAGUCCUACCUUCUCUCUCCACAGAUUCCAGUGUUCCUUAUGCUCCCGCCACUGGGCCUCCGCCCAGGUGUGUGUCCUAUUCCACAUACACUGGAGUCAACAGGAGAGAAAGGGCCAAGUGCAGAUGAGCAUCUUCGGCCAAAAGUGUCGGAAGUGCCCCCGGGCUCCGUUUGAAGUGCCAGAGUUCACGGGAGAGAACAUCUCAAGGGUCCUGAACAACCUGGUGUCCUACAUUCUGAAGAGAUGCUACAGAGAAGGGUUUCAUUCAGAGCUGCCUACGAUCGUGGAAAUCCCUCUGGAAGGGCCGCAUGACAGCGUCAACUGUGAGGCGUGUGCGCAGGGCAUCUGUGCAAAGAGCAGGACGGGUCUUUCCAAGACGGACAAUGACGAGUUUUCCCAGUACGGAUCCCAUACAAGCCUCACCAGCCUUUUCCACUCUGCCCAGAUGCCCACACAAAUCAAUCUAGAUCCCAAAGUCUGCGGUCUGUUGGUCUGUUGUCUAUUUAUCAUCAUUGUUGUUAUAAUCAUCUUGGCCUUAACAGUAUGGUCCUGAGUCUAAAACGUCGGACAGGCCAAGUAGUGUGGAAGGUGCCCGCACACAGGAAACGAGCAGAACAGGAAGAUCUAGAGACAGAGGAAGCUGGUGGCUACCAGAGACUGGAGGAGAGAGAGGGCUCGGGGAGCAGCUACUGCUCUGUACUGGGUUUGUUUGUGUCUGGGGGGGGGGGGGGUGAAAAUGUUCCAGAAGACGGAAGUGUUGAGAACAGCACUGUGAAUGCACCAGACGCCACUGUGUUGUUUGUGGUAGAGUAGCUAAUCCCAUGUUAUGAGGAUAUCUUUUGCAUUAAAAUAAUUUUUAAAAGAGAUUCUGGGGGCCAGGCAGUGGAGUAUCUGGUUAUGUGUACACAUUACAGUGCUCAAGGAUCCGGGUUCAAGGCCCCGGUCCCCACCUGCGGGGGAAAGCUUCACUAGUGGUGAAGCAGGGCUACAGGUGUCUCUCUCCCUCUCUAUCUUCCCCUCCCUUCUCAAUGUCUCUGUCUUUAUCCAAUAAAAUAUAAAUAAAAUUUAAGCAAAAAAGAUUCUUCGGUGGGUGAGCUAGCAAAAAGGUUCUGUAGACAGACUCUCAUGCCUGAGGCUCCCAGUUCCCCAAGUUCAAUGUCCUGCACCAUCAAAGCCAGAGCUGAGCAAAAAAAAAAAAGCUUUCUGACUAGACAUUUUUUUCUAACAAUUCCAUUCUUUUAUUCCCAAUGUUUUCGUGUGUGUGUGUGUGUGUGUGUGUGUGUGUGUGUGUGUGUGUGUGUCCUACUUGUAGGUUACUUUUCCAAAGUAUGUAGCAGUCCACAUGCAUCAUGCAAAAUUUUCCGAUCUCUUUAUUUCUAUAAAGGUGCAUAUUCUACUUGAUAAUCUUUCUGCAUCCAUAUGUCCUGAUAUGAAGAAAUCACAUG